GCCGAUAUCCGGUGUCCGCCCGCCCUCGGCUCCGCCGCCGUGAUGCUGUCCCGGUCCCGCUGCGCGUCCCGGGCGUUCAGCCGCUCCCUCUCCGCCUUCCAGAAGGGGAACUGCCCUCUAGUGAGACGUUCCCUGCCUGGGAUCUCCUUAUGUCAGGGACCAGGUUACCCUGACAGCAGGAAGACUGUCAUUAACAGCAGUAAUAUCUUCAGCGUUCGCUUCUUUAGAACUACAGCUGUAUGCAAGGAUGAUGUGAUUACAGUCAAAACCCCAGCGUUUGCAGAAUCUGUCACAGAGGGGGAUGUCAGGUGGGAGAAAGCUGUUGGAGACACAGUUGCAGAAGAUGAAGUGGUUUGUGAGAUUGAAACUGACAAGACCUCUGUGCAGGUUCCAUCACCAGCAAAUGGCGUGAUUGAAGCUCUUUUGGUACCUGAUGGGGGAAAAGUAGAAGGAGGCACUCCUCUUUUCACACUCAGGAAAACUGGCGCUGCUCCCGCUAAGGCCAAGCCAGCUGCAGCCCCUGCUGCCGCAGCCCCAAAAGCAGAACCCGCAGUGUCUGCUGUUCCUCCUCCCCCUGCAGCACCUAUACCCACCCAGAUGCCACCUGUGCCCUCGCCCUCACAGCCGCUCACUAGCAAACCAGUGUCUGCUGUAAAACCCACCGCUGCCCCCCCAAGAGCUGAGGCAGGAACUGGUAUAGGUCUGCGUUCAGAACAUCGGGAGAAAAUGAACAGAAUGCGGCAGCGCAUCGCUCAGCGUCUGAAGGAGGCUCAGAACACCUGCGCGAUGCUCACCACUUUCAAUGAGAUUGACAUGAGUAACAUCCAGGAGAUGCGGGCUCGGCACAAAGAUGCUUUUCUGAAGAAACAUAACCUCAAACUAGGCUUCAUGUCGGCAUUUGUGAAGGCCUCAGCCUUUGCCUUGCAGGAGCAGCCUGUGGUAAAUGCAGUGAUUGAUGAUGCAACCAAAGAGGUGGUGUAUAGGGAUUAUAUUGACAUCAGCGUUGCAGUGGCCACCCCUCGGGGUCUGGUGGUUCCCGUCAUCAGGAAUGUGGAAACAAUGAAUUAUGCCGAUAUUGAGCGAACCAUCAGUGAACUGGGAGAGAAGGCCCGGAAGAAUGAACUUGCCAUUGAAGAUAUGGAUGGUGGUACUUUUACCAUCAGCAAUGGAGGUGUUUUCGGCUCGCUCUUUGGAACGCCCAUCAUCAACCCCCCUCAGUCUGCUAUCCUGGGCAUGCAUGCCAUCGUUGAUAGGCCAGUGGUCGUGGGAGGCAAGGUGGAGGUGCGGCCCAUGAUGUAUGUGGCCCUGACGUAUGAUCACCGGCUGAUCGACGGCAGAGAGGCUGUGACUUUCCUCCGCAAAAUCAAGGCAGCGGUAGAGGAUCCCAGAGUCCUCCUACUGGACCUUUAGGAGGAAGCCUUGUGCCCUACACGUCAACCAUGCAGGAACUGAAAACCAGUCUUACCCUGUCCCCUCACAGGCCCCAGGUUAGCCUGGUGACAGGCACAUGCUGUUGGCCUCAAGCAAGGAAACCAGGGCACUAUGUAACCAGCAGUCACAGGCCUCUCUCGGUGUUCCUACUAGGCUCUCUCCCUCUCUGCACCCUCUCCUAUGCGCAAAUAUCUGAUUUCCUUAAGCUUGAGGGAGAGAGAGAGCCUUAAUGGAUGCUCGUUAUUAUUCCUGCCUUUCCUCCCAUUAGCCCUCCACAGAGGUGAUUUCACUUUCUUCCUGUCCAGUACACUGUAGGGAACCUGCCGGGGACCAUGUGAUUAAGUUUCUAUCUUUUGAACGUCUGUUCUCCAGAGACGCCUAGGAGGGUGGUCUGCCUCCCGGGCUCGGAGCAGCCUCUGUCCUGGCUGUGCACGUCCUCAUUCGAUUCCAACCGUGUGGAGGUACUGACCACAGGCCACGGGGUGCUGCUUCGCUCAAGUGGCACUUGCAUUCUCAGCUGUCAUUGUCUAAAAGCUGCCUUUUCUACCUCUUCCAGGAAGCACAUGCUGGGGGAUCUGGAGGGGCAGAGCCGGGGAGUAGGCAGCGUUGAGGUGGGAGAGGGCGGAUUCUGAGGUCAUGUGUUACGAACAAGACUGGAGCAGAGCCCAGGCCUGCCCUCACACUCUCCGUCAUAACUGCACCAGGAAGACCCAUUUUGGCCCAAGCACACACAGCUGAGGUGGUGCCGACCUUUCCUGGCUGCUAGGAACAGUUUCUCCCAUCCUGUCCUCACGUAGAUGCCAGCACCUCUUGGCAGGGAGACCGAGCGUGUCCCAGCCGCGGGCUCGCAUGGCUCCUGGUAGAGAUUGGCGUGGAGGUGACUUCCUGUGGACUGGCUCGGAUUGUCUUGAGCUUUUAAAUCCCGUUGGUAUAAACCUGUGGGCUGCAGAGGCGGUUCUGUUCCUUCCUGUGUCAGUGCCCUUCAGGAGUGGAGCCUCAGCUCUUCCUCCAUAGAACACAGGUCUGGUGCAGGAUGGCUUGUGGUGGAAACCAGCCCAAGAUGCUCGUACACAGUGGGGAAAAGGCCAGUGUCACCUCGGAGGUACUGCCUUGGGUCUGGGCACCACAUUGGAAUUCUUGGGAGCAUGGUUAAAUGCACACAUCUUGUCAGGAAAGUUACUGGGCUUCAUCACAUUGUAUCCAACUGCAUCCAGGCCUGAGGCUGCUGACCCUUGACAACCGGGAGCCAUUUAGUGUGGAAUGCCCAUUUGUAUCUUGAGCAGAAGCAAGGCCUGGGGGUUGGGUGGGGGGAGGGGUGGGAGCCAGUACUGAGUGCCUGCAGCAGCUACUACGUCUUCACUAUUCAGAACGUAACUAAAAUAUUUAAAGAAACUGAUUUUAAAUGCAAAUUAAAGGGCAAAUGUUCGCAAA